AUGACGCGCAAAGCCGUGAUCCAAGAGUUACAGACAUUCGACACAACAUUUACAGACAAUUAUUGGGAUGACUACCAAUCCACUGCCCACAACCUAUUCAAUUUUUUUGGUGUUGUGGUCAUAUCUAAUGGUCUCGUUUAUAAAGAGAAUAUAUUAGAGAGAGACAGGAAGUUAGACACACUAUCAGCACAGUUGGAUCGCAUACCCCAAGCUGUUCCCCAGCGAAUGCAAACCAAUAUGACCACUAUUGCUAAAACUAGGAAACAUUUUCCCGAAACUUGGUUAUGGACCUCAAUGCAAACAGGGAGUAAUGGUUGCGCUGUUAUUAAGAGCACAAUCCCCGACACAAUCACCUCGUGGUUCAUCAGCGCAUUCGCUAUGCAUAUGGAGACUGGUCUGGGCAUCGCAACCACACCUACGAAGGUCACAGUUUUCCGACCGUUUUUCAUCAAACUAUCGCUGCCUUACUCUAUAAUAAGAGGCGAAACGGUAGCCAUUGAGGUCAUUGUCUUCAAUUACACCACAAAACCAAUUGAAUCCGAAGUAGUAUUUGAUAACAAGAAGCAAGAGUUUGAGUUUAGCGACCAAUUGGACACAAAAGGCAUAGCGGUUCCCGGCUCUCAGAAAGUAUGGGUGACAGCCAUUGGGGACAUUGGAUGUGGCGAACAGAAUAUGAUUAAUUUUGUCCCGAAUAUCGUUGUAUUGAAUUACUUGAAACAAACGAAUCGAUUGACUCAACAAAUCAAAUCGAAAGCCAUUUCUAAUAUAGAGAUCGGAUAUCAACGGGAAUUGACUUAUAAGCGAAGGGACGGGUCGUUCAGUGCGUUCGGCGAUGGGGACAGUAGUGGCAGCACGUGGUUGACGGCCUUUGUGGUCAAGGCUUUCAUUCAGGCCAAAGGGCUGGCUGUCAUCUCGACGUCGUGUGAGCGCGGGUACCAAAAGUGGGCCGAAUGUCUGUCCUUUUUGUCAUCCCUGUCCGCAUCCCUAUCCGAUUCCCACCACAUAUAUUAUGGUCUCUGUUUUGGGACAGUUAUCCUGAAGUAUAGCAAUGAGAACAUAUGCCGUCAAAACUGCCUUUCCUUCAGACCCCCCUCCCUGGAUAGCUUUAUCCCACACAACGCCCGGCUCGUCAAAACUACCGGUGCUAUUCUGUUCUCUAUCGAUAACAUCGUGGUCGAUAUCUACCUGCCCUUUGGCCUGAAUGAAAGCCUUGACCACAAAGGCCGUCAACCACGUGCUGCCACUACUGUCCCCAUCGCCGAACGCACUGAACGACCCGUCCCUUCGCUUAUAAGUCAAUUCCCGUUGAUAUCCGAUCUCUAUAUUAGAAAUGGCUUUCGAUUUGAUUUGUUGAGUCAAUCGAUUCGUUUGUUUCAA